GGUGAGCAAUUCUCUCCCAUCUCUUCAAUUGUAGUAUGAUAGGGGUUGGUGUACUCAUUUUCUGUGAAUAUCCGUUUGGCAGCUAGACGAAUCCAGCUAUAUUCAGGGGAGGAGUCACAAAUAGCUAGCUCCUUGUGCCUACACGGACAGAGGGCAAUUGCUCUCGCCGUCGUGUGUGGUAAGAAAAUGGCUUUUCGACGGGUUUUCUCCCAGCCUUCGAGCCGUACUCUAUUGUCGUCACUGUCGACAUGUGGUGCUAGAGGCAGCCUAGCCCCUUCAUUGAAACCAUGCUUCAAUGCCCGCGCCUCCUCAAGCUCGACAUCCGCACUCGCCUACAAAGCUCUGCAUCGUCGGUCUCCGCUCCCUCUCCCAGUAGCCGAUAGCCCGACCUGGUCUGCUCCUGCUGCAGUCUCAUCGAUCCUCUAUGAGACCCCAGUACCCUCGACCAAACCUCCAAAACGCCAUGUGCUGAAUUGCCUGGUACAAAAUGAGCCAGGCGUUCUCUCCCGCAUCUCCGGAAUUCUUGCGGCUCGGGGUUUCAACAUCGACAGCCUCGUUGUCUGCAAUACGGAAGUAGAAGACUUAUCACGGAUGACGAUUGUCCUUCGCGGAUUGGAUGGUGUGGUCGAGCAGGCCCGCCGCCAGCUGGAUGACCUUGUCCCAGUCUGGGCAGUUCUUGAUUAUACCGAUUCUGCCCUGGUACAACGCGAGCUCCUUCUUGCGAAAGUUAGUAUUCUGGGGCCUGAGGUGUUCGAAGAGCUUCUCCAGCACCAUCGUGAAAUUACAACGCCCGAAAACGAGGAAGUAUCUAGCUCAGCGGAACAACAGACAAAUUCGACCCAGAGCGGGGCGGGAACGUUCAAAGGCAGCCAGCAUGCCAGUAACUACCACCCCAGCGGACUAGCUCAUAGCCAGGCGCUUCGUCACAAACACGAACAUUUGAAGGCUAUUACCCACCUGACUCAACAAUUCGGUGGGAAGGUUUUGGAUAUCAGCACUAACAACUGCAUUGUUGAACUGUCCGCAAAGCCAAAUCGAAUUGACUCCUUCCUUAAACUAAUUUCUCCAUUUGGCAUCCUCGAAUCUACCCGAACAGGCCUGAUGGCCCUGCCACGGUCUCCGCUCUCUGGACCAGAUGCAGAUAUUGAAAAGGAUGCAAGCGAAGUUGUUGACGCUAGUGCUCUUCCGCCCGGUUAACUUUCGCAAUGUUGUGACUCCUGAUUUAAUUUUAGAUGCCUGUGUUGUCUUACUUUUGCAUGUGUGUUGUCUGUUAUCUUUUUAUAGUUUUGUGUAUUUUUUCUAAAGGAAAUCAAUCAUGUUUCAGGGAGAAAAAAUAACACUAAAGGAUAGUGACGGGGCAAUCAAGUCAUAUUUAUUGCUAUUUUCCCUCGUCGUGCAUAAUUCUAUGCUGUCUUUUUGAAUUUCCGUUUUUCUUCUGUAUAUUUUCUUUAUUGGAAGGUACCGAAUAAAUAGCUAUUUUAAUUAUAUCUACUCUUUUUUUGUGGGG